AUGACAAAUCUAGAAGGAGAGUCUGAUUGUGUUGAUUCUACGAACACAAAAAGUUUGCAUAGUGAUUCUGAAAAUAAGAUCUUGAACUUUCCUACAUUCAAUCCACAAACAGACGGAGACAAUCCAAUUUUAGCUCUAGAAUGUGUUUUUGAAAGCAAGAAAGAUUUUAAAAGUGCAGUAGUUACUCAUGAGAUUAAGAAUGUAAAGUAUAUCCAGUGGCUCAAAAAUGACAAAGAAAGAAUGAAGGCCGUUUGUAUACAUUCAGAGUGCAAAUGGGAAAUCACAGCAUGUAAAAUGCAAAGGGAUACGUCUUUCCAGAUUAGGAAGUACAUUCCUACACAUAAUUGCAAGGAGUGGCAUUAUGAUAAUAGAAAAAUAACAUUAUCAUUCAUUGCAAGAAAAUACCUCACAGAAAUUAAAUCAAACAGGGCUUGGAGCUUAGUUGAUUUUAGAGAUAGAGUAAGUGUAGAUCUACGAGCUCAUGUAACUUUAUCUCAAGCCAAAAGAGCUAAGAUGUUAGCUAUUGCAUUAAUUGAUGGUGAUAUCAAGGAUCAAUACAAAGUGGUGUGGGAUUAUUGUAUUGAAAUUGAUAGGACAAAUUCAGGUAGUACAAUUCAUAUGAAGUUCACUGAGAAUGAGAUACCGAACAAGCCAUACAGAUUUCAAAGGAUAUACAUCUGUUUUGCUGCUUGUAAGCUAGCUUUCAAGGUAGGAUGCAGAAAAAUAAUAGGCGUGGAUGGUUGUUGGUUGAAGGGUCCAAUGUAUGGGACUCAACUAUUAACUGUUGUUGGAAUUGAUGGUAAUAAUAAUAUAUUUUCCAUUGCCUAUGCAAUUGUUGAGAAAGAAAGUAAAGAGUCGUGGGCUUGGUUUUUGAACUAUUUGAGAGCUGAUUUAGAUGUAGAUGAGACUGGUUGGACCUUUAUGUCCGACAAACAAAAAGGUCUUAUUGAAGCUUUUAAUGAGAUUUUGCCAUAUGUCAGUCAUAGAUUUUGUGCAAGACAUCUUCAUAACAAUUUUAAGAGAGCUGGUUUUGGUGGGUUCACAUUAAAAAAAAUAUUUUGGGCUGCUGCAAAGGCUAUCACUGUAAAAGAAUUUGAUGCUUGCAUGGUACGUAUAAGAGAGUUAGAUCCAAAUGCUGCCGAUUAG